AUCUAUCAUUAACAGAAAAUUUGUGUCUUUAACUGAUAGCAAAUGCAUUCAUAUCUGCAUACAAAAUAUACAAAUGUACAACUAUGGUCAUCAUUAACAACAAUUUUCUAAGAUUCUAAAAACUUCUUGUCGUUGUUCAUCACUCGAUUCUUUGGGAAAGUCAACUAGAAACUUGACAUGGAGGUCACCUCUUUUCCCAUCGUUCUUAAGGGUUGGCAUGCAUUGACCUUCAAUAACCUUCACAUAUCCAGAUGCAAAAUCAAAACAGACAAGGGGAUCAAAAUCAAUAAACUGGGGAGAAAACUAAUCAAAAUACAUUAUUUAUAUAUAAAUAAAGCAAGGAGAUCAACAAUCUUCAAGUAGGCAAAGAGCGAUAAUGCUGAAGCAAAGCAGAAAUCUUCAAAUCAAAGCAUCAAUAUUGAAAAUGGGGAUUCUUCCAAAUUAGCAAUGGCUACAAACUUAUCUGGGAAGGAACGAAGUAAGGAAAUCAAAGGGGUAGUUGGGCCAAGCCAGGAAGCUUCUUGGCUGAAAUCUACUUAUUCGGAGAAGAAAUCUGUGUUAGAAAGGCCAACAAACAUCCUUACCAGCUUUGAUCAAGAUGAUAGAAGGACUCUGGCACCUGAGCUGCAAAUGAGUAUUGUCCCAAAAGACUUCUAUUUUCAUGAAUUGGAGAGUGUAGUUAAAAUCAAACAAGCAGAGGCUAAAAUGUUUCAGUCACGUGCUGAUGAUGCAAGAAGAGAAGCUGAAGGGUUGAAACGUAUUGCCCUUGCAAAGAGUGGGAAAAUUGAUGAAGAGUACACUCAUCGAAUUGCGAAGCUGCGACUGGGUGAGACAGAGGAAAUGUGUAGGCAGAAACUCAAAGAACUUCAAGCAGAAUGGAGGCAGACAUUAAAGAUCUUUUAUCUAAUAUGGAAGCUACUAAAAGGAGUCUUGCCCUGUGAAGCUGACAACACUCUAGAAUAGUUCUUUCAGGUAAAUGUAAUCUUCCAUCUUAUAAUUUGUAGGUUUCAAUUCCAUCUUAAUGUUAUGAGUUACUGUAGUUUCUGAUCCAUAGAUUGAUGUAUCUAUCUGCUAUUCUGCUGUUGUAGUUUAUUUGGGAUUCAAGCUGCUAACCAAGAUCUUGUACAGAGAUUCCAACAGUUAAUUACUCUUAUUAAACAAUUGGAAUUACAAAAGCUAUUUAAACUA